UUGAGAUAUUUGAAGAUGGCUAUCAUAUCUCCUCUCAGUCUCCUCUUUUCCAGGCUAAACAUACCCAGCUCCUUCAAGCGCUCCCCGUAAGGCUUAGUAUCCAGAAGGAAGUAGCAAGCGAAAUCCUGUGAGGGAGAGACAUGCCUGAUUUCUGCUCAUAUCCAAGGCUGUGGCUUUGGGUGAAGCGAGACCCUUAAGGGGUGCUAAUGCUGUGAACCCCUCCAUUGUAGACUCAAGUUGUAUAUAUUUGUAAAUAAACCAUAUGUCAUAAACUCACUGUAGCCUCCGCUGUCCCUCAUUCCGGAGGAAACACAAACCCUGCGUAAGCACCUGGAAUCUCACCCCGCUCAGAUAUUGGGGUGGCGUGAAGCAAUAUUUAUCACCGGGUGUACUUACUGCGUUUCAUUUUUCUGUUGACUGGACACUUCAUAAUCUCCCAACUGCCUAUCUACCUAUUUACCUACAACUCAGGAUAACACUUCACGCACGUGAUAAAGUAGUCUCUAGUCUGCAAAAGCUUCGACAUAUGAUAUACAGUGGUACCUCAGGUUACAGAUGCUUCAGGUUAGAUACUCCGCUAACCCAGAAAUAGUACCUUCUUUGCUUCAGGAUGAGAACAUCCUGAAUGAUGAGUGUGGCGUCAGCGGGAGGCCCCAUUAGCUAAAGUGGUGCUUCAGGUUAAGAACAGUUAAUAACGGACCUCCAGAACGAAUUAAGUUCUUAACCCGAGGUACCACUGUACUAAACUUGCUAGGUUCCCCUGCAUGCUACAGACAAGCUUUUGGAGUUACGGGUUUGUUGCUGUUGUGUUUUAAACCGUAUUUGCCACCUUGACCUGCUUGGAGGGAAGAAACCACAUGCCAGAAACCAAAUAGGGAAUGCAGUAAAAGCAGCACCCGGACCUUGAGAUUACGAGUCUCUGCUGCUUACAUCGCGUUGCUCCUGCUCUCGACGGCUCAGAUUUCUCUGAAUACAUAGGAAGACGAGCUCGUUCUCAAGGGCUUCUGCUGCCUCCGCUUAUGUGAGGCAUCUCUGGCAAGGCAGCGGCAUUGUGAGGCGAGCACCUGCUGCCAUGGCAACCAACACCGCUGAAGCGACAGGGACGGCUUGGCCUGUGCCAGAGAAGAGCCUGUUUGGAGGACUUCACCGUCCGCUUGGGUGAGGCAAGAGACACAGGCCUCCCAUGCCCUCCUGGAAGGCUGGACCCGAGGCCUGUGCCCUUAACAUUGCCCUAGAGAUCUCAGCCUUAUUGGACCCAGCAGCAACAGCCCCUCCGCCACAACCAUGGGGCCCCCUGCCCACUUGGUCACAGGCCUGGUAGGUGCUGAGAAAUGGCACAGGGACACCCAUGCCACCGUUCACGAAACCUCCAAGCUGACGCAGCGCUGCGCGAAGGAUGCCCUCGACCUCUGGUGUCCGCUCCGAGCCCCAGGCCAGCCUGAGGAAACGCCGUAUGAGAAAAAGACCAAGAUCGACUCUUGGAAAUUCAAGGUCGAUGUCCAUCCAACUGGAGAGGUGACAAGCAAGCCACCGGAGGGUCCGGGGGUGACCCUGUGGAGGAGCAAAAUCAAACCCCCUCCUUGGGUGUGCAAGAUGGCCUUGCCCUGCUGCCGAGACUACGCCACCCUCAAGAACAACGAGUAUGUGGCCCAGUACGUCAGGGAUACACGGCUGGUGGUGAGCCGCCUGCGGCAGGCUCUCCUGGAGAUCAACGACCAGUUCAAGAUGCUGCUGCGUUGGAGAUUACAGCUGGACUCCACACUGGAUCAAAUCCGCCAGGGCCUCGUUACCAACAAACAGAGCCAGGCCAUUCGGGAGCACCGGCCGGAAGUAGAGAAGGUACCUGACAAGGUAGAUGCACUGAUGAAAUGGGAGAAGGAUGAGUUUCUGAAACAGAAAGCCAAGCUGGAAGGGAUGAUGGCGAUGUCAGAAGAUCAUAUGAAGGCACUGGGCACAUGUCGGCAAACUCUGAACAUGCUGUGCAAUGAACGGGGCCGCGUUCUGGACCUGGUGCCACAACCUUUCCGCAUGGUUCUCCUAGGGGCUGGGCGUGAUUCCUGGCUUGGGCUGAGCCGUCCCUCAUCCCCCUGGGUGGAGCGUAACGAGACACCCAUCCCUAACCCCAUUGCAGCCUUCACACCAGAGUGUGCUGCAGCUUUAGAGGAUGCCCGGCGCCUCACCUCUCUUACCAAGGAUGUGCUCCAACAGAUGCAAAAGGCCAUCAAUGAAGCGCAAGACACCCGCAAUACAGCCCACACCACCAUUGAAAACAGCCUGCAGGGCAAGAGGGAUGAGACUCUCUGUCAUAAGGAACGGCUUGACAUUACUCUGGCAGGAACUCGCAGCACCCUGCAUCGCUGCCAGCGUUUCCAGCAUGAGAUGCGUGUUACCCGGGGCAUGGCCUUGGGUCCUGAAAGUAGCAAGUACCUGGAGACACGGGAGAAGCUGACACGGCCAGUGGUGCAGGUGUACCAAAGACAUGUAGGAACACAGCUGCCUGAAGCUGCAAUCCUCAACCAGUCCACGGCACAGUUAGAUCGCUCUAUAGUAGAAACAGGGGAGAACAUUGAUCAGCUCAAAGCCACCCGGCGUUACCUGCGCAACUGCAUUCACGACAAGCAGACGGGCUACCAUGUGGAUGGCAGUAUUAAACGGCUGCGGCAGCGCCGCAUGCUUCCACGCACUAACAUGAAUGAGGUUCUUGACUUGGUCUACAGCUAAGGAGCAGAGCAAAUGCAUGGAGAGAUCAUACAAAUAAAGAGCUGAACAUGCUAGAAAGGCCCAGUAUAAUUUCCUCCCAACUGGGGAUGAGGGGAAAUAUAUGCCUGGCUGCAGUCACACAAUAGAGAAUCUAAUACAGCAUUUUAAAGCUCAAUCAUUAUAUAUACAUAUAUAGAAAAUGCAAUCCCAAGUUUUUAGAGGGGAGCAUGAUUUCAUGAAUGACAAGAAUAAGUACUUUUCUAUUUGAGAAUCGAAUCAGUAAAUCCAAAUCUGUCACUAAUAAACUUUAUGUGUUAAAUAUUAAAUAUACGGUCAAUGCUGGA